UAUCUCCUGGUGCCCAUGUGAAGUUCAAAUGAGUUAAUGCAUGUAAAGAGUUUAGGAUAUUGUUUGUUAUUUAGCAGGCGCUCUGUACAUGUAAGCUCUUAUUUUUAUUAAGGAGACUGUUCAGACUGUCCAGAAAUGAUCGGGAAGGGAGGUUGUGAGAGCCUCAUCCCAGGAUAAGCAGAUCCCCUGAAAACUGUAGGUGGGAUUCAGCACUGGGGAAGGUGGGGCCUCAAGCCCUUAACUCACCUUCCAGUCCUAGGAUUUAGUGGGAAAAGUAUGAAAACCAAGCUGGGGGUGGAACAGAGCUAUGUAGGAUGGGGGCCAAAAACCAACGGGAGAUGCAGGAUGAGCUUCCUUUGGGAAGUAAGGCUCCAAAAGGAAGGAUUGGUGAGAUCCAUAACAGCCAGGAAGGACCCGGGAACUUGUGUGGUGUGAUGGAAGCCAUGGGAAGUUCCUGAGUAGGGGACCGAGCAUUACAUGGCACCUUAGGGAGAAGACUCUGGCUGCCUGUGCACACUAGACUGUGUAUGUAGGGGACAGGAACUGAGGCAGGGCCACUAGGCAGAAGGAUGCUGAUUCUAAAGAUGCACCCCUUGCCACUCACCCUCAGGGACUCCUGCAUCCUCCCUGGGUCAUAAAUUAAAGCCACCAAUCCAUGAGGUAUACGGAUGAGGAAACAGGCCCAGAAAGGAGAAUCCUGACCUCCCACCUCCCGGUCCACCUUCUGGACACACCUGACUCCCCUCCCCUCUCCAUAGCAUUGUCCUCCUCACCCCACCCCCCACCCUGGCUGCCCCCAGCAGCUGCUGCAAGCACUCCUUAAGUGGAUCUGCUAUAAUCCUCUUCCCUUCAUCCCCCAGGGAGGAUGAGCUGGUGUUAAGACUAAUGUAGCCAUUAAUCCUAUUUCCUCCCAGCCAUGAUCCCCAGAAGCAGCUGGGUGGAGGGUGUCUGAACUCUGAAUGGAAAAAAAAGGGGCUGUGACUACAGCCGGGUGUCCCAGGAGGCCAGGCUAGAGCAGAUACAUUGAGUAGGAGACAGAGGCUUUUAAGUUCUGCUAGCAAUGACUCAAGCCGCUUGGAGAGUGUCUGAGCUCCCCAUUACCAGAGUUAUGGGAGCAAGAACCAAAGGGCCAUUCCAGAACAGAGGGUGGACCAGGAUUCCUAUCUGGGGUGGAGUAUCUUACAGCUGUGCAAGGCCAGAAUUCUGUGUGAACAGUUGUUGCCUCUGAGAGCUAACCAACCAGAAGGGAAAGACAAAAUACACAUGCUGGGGACCUACCUUCCAGACAGAUGAUGCCAAUCACCACAUUUAGCCCGCUGGCUCUGCCCUCCUCUGGAUCCUUGUCUGUCUUUCCUGAGCACUUAGAGACCUUCAGGCCAGACUCACAUCUGGGUAGCCUCCAUGCCUGCAGCCUGGCACAGGUCUUGGACGCUGAGGUCAAGAACGUGAAGAUGGUGAGAUGGACCAAGCCUGGGGCUUCUGGGAAUGCCACAGGGCUUGGAGAAGCCCAGAAGCUGGGGAGAGAAGUGCCAGUGAACAUUUGGAUGAUCCCAGCUUCCCCUCUCAGCUCCUCUGAGGUCACCUAGUCCAGCCCCUUUCAUCAGUGAACGGACCAGAGGGGCAACAGGAGCACAGAGACAGAAAGGAUAUGCACCCGGAGAAGAUCUGCCCAUCGAGGCCAUGGAGGUAGAGUCUCCGGAGGACCGGUCCCCAGCCCCGGGCUACAAGCGCUCUGGCCGCCGCUAUAAGUGCCUGUCCUGUACCAAGACGUUUCCAAAUGCACCCCGGGCGGCACGCCAUGCUGCCACGCACGGGCCUGCAGACUGCACUGAGGAGAUGGCCGAAGCGAAGCUGAAGCCAGAGACAGACCCCAAAGCGGAAGAUGCCAGCGGGGACAAGGUGUCAGGUGCAGCGGCCAAGCCUCGGCCCUAUGCUUGCCCGCUGUGCCCCAAGGCCUACAAAACAGCACCAGAGCUGCGCAGCCACGGGCGCAGCCACACGGGCGAGAAGCCCUUCCCUUGCCCCGAAUGCGGCCGCCGCUUCAUGCAACCGGUGUGCCUGCGCGUGCACCUGGCCUCGCACGCUGGCGAGCUGCCCUUCCGCUGUGCGCACUGCCCCAAGGCCUACGGCGCACUCUCCAAGCUAAAGAUCCACCAGCGUGGUCACACGGGCGAGAGGCCCUACACCUGCGCCGACUGUGGCAAGAGCUUCGCUGACCCCUCGGUGUUCCGCAAACACCGGCGCACGCACGCAGGGCUGCGACCCUACAGCUGUGAGCGCUGUGGCAAGGCCUAUGCCGAACUCAAGGACCUUCGCAACCAUGAACGGUCCCACACCGGCGAGCGCCCCUUCCUCUGUUCAGAGUGCGGGAAGAGCUUCUCCCGCUCUUCCUCGCUGACUUGCCACCAGCGCAUCCACGCGGCGCAGAAGCCCUACCGCUGUCCAGCCUGUGGCAAGGGGUUUACGCAGCUCAGUUCCUACCAGAGCCACGAGCGCACGCACUCGGGCGAGAAGCCCUUCCUGUGCCCGCGCUGUGGCCGCAUGUUCUCCGACCCCUCAAGCUUCCGGCGCCACCAGCGGGCACACGAGGGCGUGAAGCCCUACCGCUGCGAGAAGUGCGGCAAGGACUUUCGGCAGCCGGCCGACCUGGCCAUGCAUCGGCGGGUGCACACGGGCGACCGACCGUUCAAGUGCCUGCAGUGUGACAAGACAUUCGUGGCAUCCUGGGACCUCAAGCGGCACGCGCUGGUGCACUCGGGCCAGCGGCCAUUCCGCUGUGAGGAGUGCGGGCGAGCCUUCGCCGAGCGAGCCAGCCUUACUAAGCACAGCCGGGUGCACUCGGGUGAGCGCCCCUUCCACUGCAAUGCCUGCGGAAAGUCCUUCGUGGUCUCAUCCAGCCUAAGGAAGCACGAGCGGACCCAUCGAAGCAGCGAGGCCACAGGGGCUCCCCCGCAACAGGAGCUGGUGGUGGGGCUGGCACUACCGGUCAGCAUGGCUGGCGAGGGCCCAGCCGCCCCAGCAUCAGGGGCGGCGCUCGGAGACCCUCCAGCUGGGCUGCUGGGGCUGCCCUCGGAAUCGGGUGGUGUGAUGGCUACCCAGUGGCAAGUGGUGGGCAUGACGGUGGAGCACGUGGAGUGCCAAGAUGCAGGGGUUGGUGAGGCUCCUGGUCCCUUGGGGGCGGCAGGUGAGGUGAGGGGUGAGGAGGUGGAUGAGAAACCACCCCAGUUUGUGUGCCGGGAGUGCAAGGAGACGUUCUCCACGCUGACAUUGCUGCGACGGCAUGAGCGCUUACACCCAGAGCUCCGGCCCUUCCACUGUACCCAGUGCGGCAAGAGCUUCUCAGACCGGGCUGGGCUGCGCAAGCACAGCCGCACCCACAGCUCUGUGCGCCCCUACACCUGCCCCCACUGCCCCAAGGCCUUCUUGAGUGCCAGCGACCUGCGCAAGCAUGAACGCACCCACCCUGUGCCCAUUGGAACCCCCACGCCCCUCGAGCCCCUCGUGGCUUUACUAGGAAUGCCUGAAGAGGGACCAGCCUGAGGUCCAGGUCCCCUCUGCCACACUCCUGGGAACCCUGCCCCUAUGAGGUGCUUCCCAAACCCCCCUUUGCCCCAGAUCACUCUUAGACUUCAGAUCCAUCUCUGUGCCCAGGCAGCUAGCUCAUCCUGACAAAGCUGGGGACAGUGGUGGCUGGUAGCAGUUGGCAGGAGACCUGGCUCGCUCCAAGCACCACUCAUUAAAGCAUUCACUUGACACUGGGUUGUCUUCUGUGUUCUGGUUGCGGGUAAGUAACAGAGGAGUUUGGGCACCUGAUAAGGUUUAGUGGAGAUCCCUGGACUGACAAGUUAGAAACUAGAAGGGUCUUUGGGUGCAUUGUUUUCUCUAAAUAUGUUUUCAGAAUAUCUUGUGAUGAAGGGUUCCAGGGUCAAGUGAGUACCGGGAAUUCCUGUACCUUCUUGGGAAUUCUUGGUGAUCAAAGUAUAUUAAAGUCAUUGAUAAGUCCUGCAAUGAACAAAUCUGUUUAGCUUUCUUUAGCCCAUACUUAUUUAACCUUUUACUGAGAGUUCUACUUCUGUCUUUUUACAGAUAAUAAACUGAGGCCAAAGUUAUUAUAUUUCCUGUAAAUUACAAUAACAGACUAGAAAAUAUACUUGGAGUCCCAUUCUCAAUAACAACAAAACCCAUAAACUACAAAGAAAUAAAGCUCACACAAAAAACAUACAAAUCCUACAUGAAGAAAAUGGCAUCUCUAUCCUGAAGGAUAUAAGACCUAACUGAAUGAAGAUAUACCAUGUACCUGAAUGGAAAGAUACUAUUAAAAGCUGUUGAUUCUCA